UCGGCUUACACACCAACGAGUCUGUCCCGACUUGUUAAGUAUUAAGAGACCUCGCGGCUUCGCCUCAAAUAAUAGCAGACCCUAUCCGAUAGUCUUCCGGUCUUCCUUUACUUUUUGGCGCCAUUUCCAUCUCAGAAAACAGAAAUACCGAAGCACAGAAAAAGAAGGAAGAAACCAUGCUCAUUACAAGUCCCGGUCUUUCCUUCAUCGCAGUAAACACCAGAAAAACGCAGAAAAUCCACGGCAAUUCGCGUCCUGGUUUCAGCGUUUUCUCUCAUUCUUCUUCAUUCCGUCGCAGGUCCCUUCACUGCUUCCCCAAGGAUUUGCAUUUAAAAUCUCGGAAUAAAAAUAGGAAACUUUCACUUUGCAAAGCUACUCUGAUUACUAAUGCGGACGAUUAUGAGGUCGGACGGUUCGUCGGAAGUUACGGGUUUAUGAACAUUACUAGCUACUCGACUUUCCAGUCCGGACCAGAUUUCGAGUAUUCUUCGGAAGUUAUGGAGCGGUUAAGAGUUCAAGAUGUGGGAGAAGGUCAAGUGAAAAUCAGGCUUUAUGAGGGGAGAAUAGCUCGUGGUCCAUUCAAGGGGACUCGAGUAAUAUUUAAGGUAUAUCCUGGACAGCGUGCUGGUGGUAUUGAGGCAGAUAUGAUGGCUGCAAAUGAGCUAAAUUCUCAUGCUUUCCUUCAGAGUGACCCCAAUGAUAUCUGUCAGAAUAUCCAGAUAUUAUUAGGUGGAUUUGAGACAAAAACUGGGGAGCAGUGGCUUGCUUUUCGUAAUGAUGGGAAAUAUAGUGCAGCAGACUAUGCAAAAAUUAAGAGUGAAGCAAUGUCAAAAGAUCGUGCUGGUGGAGAACAGAAAUUCUGGAAUCCUUUUGAAAAGGAACAGACAAUAAAACGUAGAUAUUUUUAUGUUAUCAAGCUGUUUCGGGGUGUCAUGAGUGGACUAGCCUACAUGCAUGACCGUAACAGAUUACACCAAAGUCUUGGACCUUCUUCUGUCAUUCUCAACACGAUAGUGGAGAAAGAUGCAGCUUACCUAGUUCCUCAGCUCCGGGAUCUGGCCUUUUCAGUCGAUGUAAGAUUUCCAUUCUUGGAAGAAGGUCCAGGAAAUCUUGCUGAGGGACUUUGGAGACGGGCAUCUGCCUCUGGUGCUUUCACCCCUAUGGAGAAAAGAGCCUUUGGAAUAGCAGAUGACAUAUAUGAAGCAGGCCUUCUUUUUGCUUAUUUAGCUUUUGUUCCAUUUUGUGAAGCUGGUAUCAUGGAUAGUCUUUCUUUGCAAAGACUUCUUGAGAGCACGUUCAAACUUGAUAUUGAAGCUGUAAAAGAGUAUUGCCUAGCAGACGACCGCAUGUUAGAAGCUGUUAAGUUUCUUAAUCUUGGCGAUGGUGCUGGUUGGGAGUUGCUACAGGCAAUGCUGAACCCAGACUUCCGGAAACGGCCAAUUGCUGCAGCUGUUUUGAGCCAUAGAUUCAUGACUGGUGCUGUUCUUUGAAUUUGUGCGGUCGGCUUCAGGAGUAGAUGUGUAAAUAGUGAGCAACAAUGUACAGAUAAAUAAUCCUUAACCAGAAGCGCGGGGGGAAAGCUAAGCUUGAUAUUAUUAAUCAGAGUAUGCUUUUCAUCUU